ACGACUUCCGCUCUCAUGUCCCCAUCAAUGGACGACCAUAAACAAGCUGGCACUACUGAAUACCCCCGCGAUGAUCUUACAACUGACUCGCCAACUCAAGAAACACCAACGACUGCCGCUCUUACGUCCCCAUCAAUGGACGACCAUACACAAGCUGUCACUACUGAAUACUCCCGUGACGAUCUAACGACAACCAACUCGCCAACUCAAGAAUCAUCAACGACUGCCGCUCUUAUGUCGCCAUCAACGGACGAGUACACACAAGCUGGCACAACUGAAUAUCCCCGUGACGAUCUAACAACUGACUCGCCAUCUCUAGUUCGUCUACGGGACGGAGGGUCCAUCUACGAAGGCCGAGUGGAGGUCUACGUUAACGGGGAGUGGGGCACCGUGUGCGACGACCUUUGGGACCUGAACGACGCCAACGUGAUCUGCCGUGAGCUGGGCUUCGGAGUGGCCCUAAGGGUGGCCUCGGAGGCAAAGUAUGGGCCUGGACAGGGACCGAUACAGAUGGACAAUGUGGAAUGCACUGGGCCAGAGAGUUCCAUCUUUCGCUGCUCGCAUCGUGGGGCAGAGGACCACAACUGUGAACACUCGGAAGAUGCCGGAGUGGAGUGCUCCGAGCCUACGUCAGUUCGUCUACGGGACGGAGGGUCCGUCUACGAAGGCCGAGUAGAGGUCUACACUGACGGCCAGUGGGUCACCGUGUGCGACCACAGUUGGGACCUGAACGAAGCCAACGUGGUCUGCCGUCAGCUGCGCUUCGGAGCUGCCGUAACGGUGGCCUCGGACGCAACGUACGGACCUGGACAGGGACCGAUACAGAUGGACGAUGUGGAAUGCACGGGGCAAGAGAGUUCCAUCUUUCUCUGUUCUCAUGCUUGGGUACAGCGGGACAACUGUGGACACUCGGAAGAUGCUGGGGUUGAGUGCUCAGUGCCUAGAGUUCGUCUACGGGACGGAGGGUCCAUCUACGAAGGCCGAGUGGAGGUCUACGUUAACGGGGAGUGGGGCACGGUGUGCGACGACCUUUGGGAUCUGAACGACGCCAACGUGAUCUGCCGUGAGCUGGGCUUCGGAGUGGCCCUAAGGGUGGCCUCGGAGGCAAAGUAUGGGCCUGGACAGGGACCGAUACAGAUGGACAAUGUGGAAUGCACUGGGCAAGAGAGUUCCAUCUUUCGCUGCUCGCAUCGUGGGGCAGAGGACCACAACUGUGAACACUCGGAAGAUGCUGGAGUGGAGUGCUCCGAGCCUACGUCAGUUCGUCUACGGGACGGAGGGUCCGUCUACGAAGGCCGAGUAGAGGUCUACACUGACGGCCAGUGGGUCACCGUGUGCGACCACAGUUGGGACCUGAACGAAGCCAACGUGGUCUGCCGUCAGCUGCGCUUCGGAGCUGCCGUAACGGCGGCCUCGGACGCAAAGUACGGACCUGGACAGGGACCGAUACAGAUGGACGAUGUGGAAUGCACGGGGCAAGAGAGUUCCAUCUUUCUCUGUUCUCAUGCUUGGGUACAGCGGGACAACUGUGGACACUCGGAAGAUGCUGGGGUUGAGUGCUCAGUGCCUAGAGUUCGUCUGCGGAACGGAGGGUCCAUCUACGAAGGCCGAGUGGAGAUCUACGUUAACGGCGAGUGGGGCACCGUGUGCGACGACAAUUGGGGCCUGAACGACGCCAACGUGAUCUGCCGUGAGCUGGGCUUCGGAGUGGCCGUGACGGCGGUGCCGAGGGCCGCGUACGGCUAUGGAGUGGGACCGAUACAGAUGGACGAUGUGGAAUGCACGGGGCAAGAGAGUUCCAUAUUUCACUGCUCGCAUCUUGGGGUAGGGAACCACAACUGUAGGCACUCCGAAGAUGCCGGGGUGGAGUGCUCCGAGCCUACAGCCAUUGAAUCAGCUGCACCAUCCACGGAAUUGACAGAAACAACAGCACUUGUAAAGAGCCUAGCACCAGUAACUACACGACCGAUUACUAGGACCGAAGCCAUUGAAUCAGCUGCACCAUCCACAGAGUUGACGGAAACAACAGCACCUGCAAGGAGCCUAGCACCCGUAGCUACACUUCCGAUUACCAAGACCGAAGCAGGAACUGAUAGCAGGACAGUUCUUAUCCCAGUCCUUACUGUCGUCAUUAUCUUGAUUAUCCUGGCUGUUAUUGUGGCAAUAUUUUUUCUGCGUCAUCUAAAAGGUAGAAGUCAACCAGCAGGAGAGCUAGAACUGGUGGGUGUAAUCAAUCAUGAUUAUGAGAAAUGUUUGAGCAUUGACUCACGCAUGUCCUACACAACAUGCAUUCUUAUCUUUCAAUUUCACACAUCCAUAUUAAUUCAUUACCCUCCACAACACAGUAAUAACUCAUUUGUAAUGUUGAAGUUGGCACACUCUGAUUUAACCCUAAAGGUGCCGGGGGCGCCCCCCCCCCUCCCCCUCGGCCUCUUUUUCCUCGAUAGCCUUAAUUAA